AUGCUUUUUUUAUCAAAACAAACAAUUGUUAAUGGUAUUGCUGGGCGAUGUUAUUUAUGUUCACAAAAUAAACUUGCUGAAUGUGCUGGUAGUAAUCAACCUGAUUCAUUUAUUUAUAUAAAUGUUCUUCAAUAUUAUACUGAACCAUGUAAUGGUCAAUGUAUAUUAUUUCGAAAUACAGAUCAUUCAAUCAUACGUGGAUGUUCGUGGACAUACGGAUAUAUGACACCAAAAUCAAUUGGAUGGCAUGAAAUAAGUCCAGGUAUAAAAGUAUACUUUUGUAAUUCUCAUUUAUGUAAUAAUGGUACUUAUGAACGACCAGAAAUAUCAAUGAUAAAUAAGCAAUUUAUUUUAUCACCACAAGAAUUAUUUGUAUUAGCAGGAAGUAAUCCUUCAUUGAUAUCAAAAGAACAAUAUUUAUCUCAUCAAUGUUAUUCAUGUACAGCACGUUUUCAAGGUUGUGGUGAAAUUUUAGUUCGUGUGUUGCCAUUACUUCUACACUAA